AUGGCCGCCAACACUCUGAGAAAGAGAAAAAUCGCAGUCCUAGGUUCCCGUUCAGUUGGCAAAUCUUCUCUUAUCAUACAGUUCAUCGAGAACCAUUUUGUCGAGGCAUACUAUCCAACCAUCGAAAGCACCUUUUCGAAAGGUGUAGCUUAUAGAGGCGUAGAAUAUGACUGUGACAUCAUCGACACCGCUGGCCAGGACGAGUACUCGAUUCUCAAUUCUAAACAUGCAAUUGGCAUACACGGCUACGUUCUCGUAUACUCGGUCACUUCAAGAAGAUCUUUUGACAUGAUCAAAAUUGUCUACGACAAAAUUGUUGAUUUUUGCGGCAAAAACGAUAUCCCAUGCGUAAUCGUUGGCGCUAAAACUGAUUUACAAGCGAGUAGACAGGUGGCUCCGAAUGAAGGGGAAGAGCUGGCAAAACUUAACAAAGCUGCCUGGGUUGAGACUAGUGCCAAGAACAAUGUCAACUCUUCUUUAUGCCGCCUUAUCACAGGCAAAGUCUUUGAGCUGUGUCUUGCGGAGAUUGAGAAGCGAUCUCCGUCCAGCAAAACGGAUCAGCCAGAGGCGAGCAGGUGUCUCAUUAUGUGA